CAUGAUCAUAUGCGGAAGGAAGGAUCUCAAACAACACAACACAGUCAGGGGGAUAACGCUAACAUUUUACAGAGUUUAUUUCCCGUUUUUAAUCUUUACCUCGCCUCCUGUCAACCCAGCAAUGGACGGAUCUGUAAGAGCAACGUCAGACGCCGCAGCCGGACCGCAGCCUUAUUACAGAGGAAAUGAAAGCUCCCUGGUUUCAGCCCUCAAGACACUGCUGUUCUUCACUAUCCUGAUGGUCACGCUGCCCAUUGGGCUUUACUUCGCAACAAAGGCGUAUAUCUUUGAGGGUUCCAUGAAAAUGUCAAGCUCUGACAGCUACUUCUAUGCAGCCAUUGUAGCAGUGCUCGCCGUGCAUGUGGUUUUGGCCUUGUUUGUUUAUGUGGCCUGGAACGAAGGCACGCCUAAAGGGAAGGGCAAACACGAUUAAGGCAUGUCCUUAUCAGCUCAUAAGACCGGAGGAGACGGACAGAGACGGGCAUGGAUCCGCAGCGCCCCCCACCACCGCCCCACCCCACCCCUCCACCAUGGGCUCCAGCACUAAACACGGCACCAUCUACCAACCAGACAGUUAGAGGAUCUGGUUUGCGCUUAGGCUUUAACGCAAGGUUAAAGCAUGAAACUUCCGUAUAAUUCCCCGGCAUGGGGGGAGUGGAGGCUGUUGGGUGUGUUUAUUUUCACCAGCCUCAGCAGGUCCGCUUUUUGACUUUUUGUUGUCUGAAAAUGUUACUUUUGUCAACAGAGGGCCGCCCCUAUUUUUAAGAGGCUUUGUUAUAAGCUGCCAUUUGGUUAAGUGCUCUAAGUCCCUUCACAGUCAGAGAGUUUUUCGUGUGAGAAAACAUCUUGGGUUUUGGAUGAUGCGUGUGCACACUCUGUAUGUGCUUGUAAUGUGUAUGUAUGAAGGAUUUGAUUUCCAGAAUGCUCGACAUCCAUUCUGUGAAUAUUUGUGCUACUGAAUUAAUCAUCCUGUCCUCAAAUUUCAGUUCUUAUCUGGAUACAUCUAAAGAUGACUCUUAACUUCUGUAACCCAUAAUGUGCUUAACACUCAUGCUGUAUUUUGGAUCAAAAUCUUCUUAAUGUCUUGUCUUUCAAAAUUAUCACACUUAUCUGUUUGUCCUCGUAAACAAGUGUUUUUUCUUUCUGUUUUUAAGUGUGUGUACUGUAGCUCAGUGAUGUUUUGGAACUUUGAAUUAGGAAAUUAUUGCAAGAUCAAGUUGUAUUUAAAAAAAAAAAGUUUUGUAUUGAAGAUGUUUGAUGAUUUGAGGAUGUCAGUGAGGUUGUGAUGCAGAUGAGAAGCUUGACCUGUUCAAAUAAACUGGAAAGACUGUA